AUGGAAGGUGUUUGCAGAAGGGGUGGGGAUUUGAGAGGGGCAGUGCUUGGAGUGAAAGAAAAUGAACCUGAAGGACGAGAACUCGACACAGCAGAGCCGGUGCGUGCGGGCGGCGGCGGUAGGAGCCGUGCGGGGACCCGCGGACCGGGGGACAGCGGCGGCGGUGGUGGCGUGAGCGAUGUGGGUGUGUUGCGGUGGGGUGCUGCGGGUGUUGUUGUUGUGCAGGCGGCGUGGCGGGUGUCGGUGGGUCAGGUGCGGUACUCGGUGUCGGAGGAAGCCAAGGUCGGGACGGUGGUGGGGCGUGUGGCGCAGGACCUGGGCCUGGAGGCGGGCGAUGCGGAGGCGCGGCGGCUGCGUCUGGUGGCGCAGGGCCGGCGGGCGAGCGUGGAGGUGAGCGGGGCGAGCGGAGCGCUGGUGGUGAGCUCGCGGCUGGACCGGGAGGAGCUGUGCGGGAAGAGCGCGCCGUGCGCCCUGCGGCUGGAGGUGCUGGUGGAGCGGCCGCUGCGCGUCUUCCACGUGGAGCUGGAGGUCACCGACAUCAACGACAACGCCCCGGUCUUCCCCGCCGACCGGAAAAACCUCAGCAUCGCAGAGCUGUCGGUGCCCGGUUCCCGUUUUCCGCUGGAGGGCGCGUCGGAUGCAGAUAUCGGAUCUAACGCCCAGCUCUCCUACACGCUCAGCCCCACCGAGCAUUUCAGAAUAGAGGAAGAAAACACUAACUCGCGCAGUAAAUCCUUGUUCUUGGUGCUCGCAAAACCUCUGGACCGGGAGACGGUUCCGGUGCACCGCCUGGUGGUGACGGCGAGUGACGGGGGCCGUCCGUCUCUGACGGGCACGAUGGAGCUGGUGAUCUCAGUGCUGGACGCCAACGACAACGCGCCCCAGUUCAACCAGUCGGUGUACAGCGUAGUUUUACAUGAAGACUCCUUAGAAGGGACACUGGUGGCACGUGUGAAUGCCACGGAUCCAGAUAUAGGCAGUAAUUCCGACGUGAUUUAUGAAAUUGAAACUUUUCUUCCUUCUUCGGCCUCAAAUUUAUUCAGCAUUGAUGAGAAAACGGGAGAGAUCCGUCUGAGGGGUGCUCUGGACUUCGAAAUAGGAACUUUCUACGACCUACAGGUCAAAGCAACAGAUCACGGGACCCCUCCGCUGUCGGGUCACUGCAAAGUGGUGGUGGAGGUGCUGGACGUGAACGACAACGCGCCCGAGGUGCGGGUGACGUCGCUGUCGGUGCCGGUGUCGGAGGAUGCGUCGGUGGGGACGGUGGUGGCCCUGCUGAGCGUGUGGGACGGUGACUCGGGGGCGAACGGUCGGGUGCGGUGCUGGGUGCGUCCGUCGUCGCCGUUCGGUCUGGUGUCGAGGUUGUCGGGGUCGUACUCGCUGGUGGUGCGUGAGGCGCUGGACCGCGAGCGGGUGUCGGAGUACGAGGUGGAGGUGUUGGCGGAGGACGGCGGGUCGCCGUCGCUGUCGGGGGGGCGCGGGGUGCGUGUGUCGGUGUCGGACGUGAACGACAACGCGCCGAGUUUCUCGCAGGCGGUGUACACGGUGCUGACGCGGGAGAACAACGCGGCGGGCGCGGAGCUGGGUCGCGUGUGGGCGCGUGACCCGGACGAGGCGGGGAACGGUCGCGUGAGGUACUCGUUGUCGGAGGCGGUGGUCGGGGGGUGGCGGUCGGCGUCGAGCUACGUGUCGGUGGACGCGGAGAGCGGUCGCGUGUGGGCGGUGCAGGCGCUGGACUACGAGGAGGUGCAGGUGCUGGAGUUCGAGGUGCGGGCGGUGGACGCGGGGGAGCCGCCGCUGAGCGGCAACGCGACGGUGCAGGUGUUCGUGGUGGACGAGAACGACAACGCGCCGUCGCUGCUGCCGGCUGCGGGCGGCGGGGCGGGUGUGGAGGCGGGAGGGGGAGCGGGUGGGUCCUUGGAGGCGUGGUCUGUGGAGGGUUCGUCGGGCGCGGUUCCGCCUUUGUGGGCGUGGGCGUCGUGGGGGUCUCCGGCGGGGCAGGUGGUGGCGAAGGUGCGUGCGGUGGACGCGGACUCGGGGUACAACGCGUGGCUGCGGUACGAGCUGUGGGAGCCGCGGGGGAAGGUGCCGUUCCGCGUGGGUCUGUACAGCGGCGAGGUGAGGACGACGCGGGCGCUGGAGGAGUCGGACGGCCCGCGUCAGAGGCUGGUGAUCGUGGUGCGGGACCACGGGGAGCCGCCGCGCUCGGUGACGGCCACGCUGAGCGUGUCGCUGGUGGAGGGCGCGGAGGCGGCGUCGGCGGUGGCCGCGGGGUCGUCGGGUCCGCGGACGCCGUCGGUGUCCGAGGAGGUUUCGUUGUUGUCGCCGUCGUCGAGGAACGUGUGGCUGGUGGUGGCCAUCUGCGCGGUGUCGAGCCUGUUGGUGCUGGCGGUGGUGCUGUACGUGGCGUCGCGGUGGUCGGCGCGGGCGGGCGUGGUGUCGGGGCCCGGUCCGACGACGCUGGUGUGCGCCAGCGAAGUGGGGAGCUGGUCGUACUCGCAGCGGCAGAGCCGGAGCCUGUGCGUGGCGGAGGGCGCGGGCAAGAGCGAUCUGAUGGUUUUCAGCCCCAACUUCCCGCCGCCGCCCGGCGCCGCGGCGAAGGAGACGCAGCCGGAGCCGCCCGCUCUGCUGGACACGGUCAGUGGCCCUCCCUGUCCCGGCACUCGCCCCUUCCUGCUCCGCCUCCCCUUGUCCCUUCUCUUUGCCUUCUUGGCCCAUCCCAUGUUUCUGGGCUCGUCGUAG